UCGCGUUGGCUCACAUAAACGUCUCACUAAUUCAUCAAGACACUAUGGAGGUACCCAAUACAGGUUUCCCAGCACCACCGUACCCCGGUCCCCCUUUGGACUACAACGCUGUUCAGCCUGUUGUUCAGCCUGUUGUCCAGCCUGCAGUUCAGCCAGUUGUCCAGCCUGUUGUUCAGCCAGCUGUUCAGAUUGUUCAACAGCCUGCAUACCAAUACAAUGCACUACAACCUCAGGUUGUGCAGCCAGUGAGUCAGGUGGUGGUGAUGCAAAGUCAUCUCCCAAAAGAUGUUCCUGGACAGAUGAAGUGUCCUCAUUGCCAAACCGAUGUUGUGACUAAAACCGAGUACAAAAUUGGGAUCCUCACCUGGAUAAUUUUUGGCGUAUUACUAUUUGUAGGCUGCUGGCCUUGCUAUGUGAUCCCCUUCUUCGUCAAAGAAUGCAAGGAUGUGGAGCAUUCCUGCCCCGCCUGUAACAGCGUAAUCCACAUCCAUAAGGUCCUAUGAAGCAGAACUACAGUUUACCUUCUACUGGACCAACAGCAGCAAGGCAAUAUGUGUUUUACCUGUAUAUGUACUGAACAUACUGAUAAAAGCUAUACAUAUCAGCAAUAAAAGAGCUUUCUUGUUUUCCAGGUGAUUACUUGAAUCAUGUUAAAAAAUAUAAGUUAAUUAUCAGGAUUGUUUUUAUUUGUUUUUUUUAAACUUGUAGUGAGUGGUGUGGUCUUGGUAUGAAAUACCUCAGCGAUGAAGUGAAAUGAAGGAUAAUAUGUAUUAAAUGAA